AUGGUCCAAUUCAAAGCAUCAGGCGCGGCGUUAGUCGGCCUUGCGUCAACUUUUGCAUCUGCGGCCAUUCAAACUUUCUGCCCUGGCAAUGUCAACGGCGUCUGCUACACAAUCGGCGUGCCCGCCAGCUCCCAAACGGCAGGCAGGGGCAACAUCUACUUUCAAAUAAAGGCACCCGCAAGCUUCGACUGGGUCGCCCUCGCAACCGGCUCCAACAUGGCCAACUGCAACAUCUUCCUCGUCUACAAGGACGGCAGGGGCAAUUUGACAGUGUCCCCUCGACGCGGCACGCGUUACACCCCGCCAACACUGGACCAGUCCUCGACAGCCGCCAAGCUCACUCUCCUGUCUGGCAGUGGCAUCUCUGGCGACGUCAUGACGGCCAACCUCCGCUGUAGCAACUGCGAAUCGUGGAGCGGUGGCAGCAUGUCGCUCAACGGCCAGGGCAGCUGGGUUGGUGCCUGGAAGUCCGGCGGCGGUUUCUCGUCCGCCUCGACUAGUGCUGCAAUCGACCAACACGAUGCCACAACCGGAUUCGACCUUGAUUUGAGCAAGGCUUCGAUUCAGACCGACAGCAACCCUUUCCUGGGCGGCACUUCGGGCGGCGGCAACGGUGGCUUCAGCAACGUCAACGAUUCUAACAUCAACCCCAACAUCCUGCUCGCCCACGGCGUCAUCAUGGCUUUGCUGUUCGUCCUCAUGUUUCCCCUCGCUUCGAUGCUGAUGCCUCUUCUCGGCAAGUGGAAGGUGCACGGUGGGUUCCAGAUGUUCAACUGGGUGUUUAUGUGGAUUGGUUUUGGUCUGGGUAUCAAGGCUGCUAUGGAAAGGCGCAUGCUCAUGACAAACACCCACACCGUGCUCGGCACCGUCGUCUGUUGUCUCCUCCUUAUCCAGCCCGCGCUAGGCUACGCCCACCACCGGCACUACGUCAAGCACCAACGGCGCGGUGCCAUCAGCUAUUUGCACAUAAUCUAUGGUCAGAUGCUGAUGUUGCUGGGCCUGAUCAACGGCGGCCUGGGUCUCGAGCUCGUGGGCGUCUCGAACCCUAUCAUCGUGGCCUACGCAAUUGUGUCCGCCUUCGUCUUUGUCGUCUACGCCAUCGUCAAGAUCUUCCUCAUAUACAAGGCCCGCAGCGCCGUCAAAAACUCAGCGCCCAAGGAGGCCGCCAGCCCCCCAACGUACGAAGGACAAUCUAGGCCAUCCCAGGGGAGGACGUAUGCUUAA